CGGUCGGCGCCCCCAGCCACUGCGCGCCCGCCGGAGAGCUGGGUGCCACCGCCGUCGCCACCGCUGAGCCCUGCCCGCCGGCCGGCCCGCUCGCUAGCUCGCUUCCCCUCGCCCAGGGGGAAAGGUCAGCAGCGUCCUGGAGCCUCCGUGUCACUCCCCGAAAGCCAUGAACUGCAGCGAGAGCCAGCGGCUGCGAACCCUUCUGAGCCGCCUGUUGCUCGAGCUGCACCAUCGGGGUAACACCAGCGGCCUGGGCGCUGGCCCUGGUCCCAGCAUGGGCAUGGGGGUCGUGCCUGACCCUUUCGUGGGCCGCGAGGUGACCAGCGCCAAGAGCGACGACGCCUAUCUCUACAUCCUGCUCAUCAUGAUCUUCUACGCCUGCUUGGCCGGAGGCCUCAUCCUGGCCUACACCCGCUCCCGUAAGCUCGUCGAGGCCAAGGACGAGCCGUCCCAGGCUUGCGCCGAGCACGAAUGGGCCCCGGGAGGCGCCCCAGCCGCCGACGCCGAGACUGCCGCGGGCUCCCUGGCCGAGGGCCGCCACCAGCUUGCCCCAGGGGGGCUGCCUGCCCUCGCCCAGGGCGCUGAGCGGGUCUAGAACCACAACCACAGGUUUCUGGUUUGCGCCCUCCUCAACUCGCUCAUCCCUGGGCGCGGCUUCCGCCUUCCACCCAGCACUCUUUUCCAGGGUUUGCCUCACCUGAGGCCCAGAUAAUGACAGCCCUGACAGCAUGCUCCAGCCCUCUGGGAACUGAAUCCAACACGUCCAACACUUGGCAUUGAGCUGAAGCAAUGCAUUCUAUCAGAACUCUGGGCCGUCUAACUGGCAGCUGCUCCAGGGACUGCCAGGGACUGCUCACUGCAGAGCCAACGGGCUUGCCAGGCCGACUGCAGCGGCUCCAGCUCCCAGUUGCCUUAGGGACAGAGACAAAGAAAAAGAAGAGACCUCAGAUAUCUUUCCCCUCUCUCUCUCUUUCAGCAGGGAGCUAGCAGGACACUAGGACCAGUCUGUGGGAUAGAAUGGACUUAAUGGGGGACUGUUCGGGGAGGAGUGUUCAACGGUGAGGGAAAAGAUCUCUGACUCCAACUGUAUGGUUUUCUUGCCUCCCCAGUUUUCAUCCCAGUGGUAACUUGCCUGAUUUUUGGUAACUCUGCCAACUUCUGCUGACGGUUAUCAUUACUGGGUGGAUUACCCCAAUACUUCAAAUGCCUCUCUGUAUUGAUUCAGUUGUUAUUGCAGUGUCUGCUUCAUCCAUGGUACUUGACACUCAGAUGUGCCCUGCUCUGUAACCCUGGGGAAUGUCAGAGGCAGGUAAUAAAGGUUGUUUAAACAA